UUGUGCGAGUCCAUUCCUGAAAGCUCCGAGCAUUGCACAGCUCCCUGCGUCAUCCUCGCCCCUCUCUGACAUCGUAGAUUUAUAUAUCUCUCUAUUCGCUUUCCUUCAUCUCUCCUUUAUCUCUUUCUCCUAUAACUAAUUGAAAUUUUCUGCGAGUGCAAAGAACGUCGCUAGGGUUUAUACAUAUUAUACUAUCGCAGCUGGUAUUUUGGUGGAUUCAGUACAAGUUUUUAAGCUAAAGUAAAAAUGGCGAAAGAAGGACCGAAUUGGGAAGGUUUGCUGAAAUGGAGUCUCUCUCACGCAGAUGGUACUCGUCCCCCCGGUAAUUUGAGCGAGGAGGAUCGGAGAUGGUUUAUGGAGGCUAUGCAAUCGCAGACGGUUGACGUCAUCAGAAGAAUGAAGGAGAUAACUCUGGUUAUGCAAACUCCCGACCAAGUGCUUGAAUCUCAAGGGGUCACUCCUCAAGAUCUUGAGGAUAUGUUGGACGAGUUACAAGAGCAUGUCGAGUCUAUUGACAUGGCCAACGAUCUCCAUUCUAUUGGGGGUUUGAAUCCUCUUCUCAAGUAUCUGAGGAAUUCCCAUGAUAAUAUUAGAGCCAAAGCUGCAGAAGUUGUGAGCACAAUUGUUCAGAACAAUCCCAGGAGUCAACAACUGGUGAUGGAAGCUAAUGGCCUGGAACCACUCCUCCAUAAUUUCACUUCGGAUCCUGAUGUUACUGUGCGCACUAAAGCACUCGGUGCAAUCUCAUCUUUAAUCAGGCACAAUAAGCCUGGUAUUGCAGCAUUUCGUCUUGCAAAUGGUUAUUCUGCCCUAAAGGAUGCUUUAAGUUUUGAGAGCGUGAGAUUUCAAAGGAAGGCUCUUAACUUGAUCCAGUACUUAUUGCAUGAAAAUCGUUCAGACUGCAAUAUUGUGACUGAACUUGGGUUCCCACGUAUUCUGAUGCAUUUUGCUUCCAGUGAAGAUGGAGAAGUGAGAGAGGGAGCACUCAGGGGUCUUCUUGAGCUUGCUAGAGACAGGAGAGAGCAGGGUGGCAGUUGCUCAAGCGAGGAGGAGAGGAAACUUAAGGAACUUCUUGAGCAACGAAUUGAAGGGAUCAGCCUGAUGUCAGCUGAGGACCUUGGAGCUGCUAGAGAGGAAAGGCAGCUUGUAGACUCCCUGUGGAAUGCCUCUUUCAAUGAAGCCUCUGCUCUCCAAGAGAAAGGACUUCUUGUUCUGCCGGGGGAGGAUGCACCUCCACCUGACGUUGCUAGCAAGCAUUUUGAACCACCUCUCAGAGCUUGGGCUGCUGACCGAAAUGCCGAUGUGCAAGCCAAUAGCGAGAAGAAAGAUGCUCCAUUAUUACUAGGUCCACCUGCUGGUAGUGCUAGUCGUCAUAAUAACUCAAAUACAGACGGUGGAGAUGAGAGGAACCCUCCAACAUAGAGAAUAUAGUCUAGAAUUGCCGAAUGACUUUUAUGAAGAUAGCUUUUCUAUUUCUCCACAUCUGUGUAACAAGUGAUAUGUUUUGCUUUUAGCCAUUUGUGAGCUUGCUGAUGAGUUGUAUUUAUGUAUUUCCCCAAAUUGUCUGGGGUGCUUAGUUUCGCUGGUCAUUGACCCCACUCAUCGUUUCUGUUUCUGCUUGAAGCCUAUGGUACUCGCCCAAAUCAUAUUCAUUCAAAA